AUGGUCAAUAUAACUGAGAAGAUCAAAGAGAUCGAGGCCGAAAUGGCCCGGACUCAAAAAAACAAAGCCACAGAAUACCAUCUCGGACUACUAAAGGGAAAACUUGCGCGAUUACGAGCACAGCUCCUUGAGCCAGGCCCUGGUGCCGGCUCAGGAGGAGGUACAGGCUUCGAUGUCUCCAAGUCGGGUGAUGCGCGCAUAGCCCUAGUUGGAUUUCCCUCAGUCGGCAAAUCGACCUUUUUGUCCAAAAUCACAAAGACCAAAUCAGAAGUAGCGGCCUAUUCAUUCACGACCCUGACGGCAAUUCCUGGGGUGCUCGAAUAUGGUGGUGCUGAAAUUCAAAUACUAGAUUUACCUGGUAUUAUUGAAGGUGCCUCUGAAGGUAAAGGCAGAGGUCGACAGGUCAUCAGUGCCGCCAAGACCUCCGACCUGAUAUUAAUGGUACUGGACGCCACGAAACGAGCCGAGCAACGAGCGCUCCUCGAAGCAGAACUGGAAGCCGUCGGUAUUAGAUUGAAUCGUGAUCCACCGAACAUCUACCUCAAAGCCAAGAAGGCCGGCGGCAUGAAAAUCACAUUCCAGUCACCGCCGAAAUACAUUGAUGAGAAAAUGGUCUACAAUAUUCUGCGAGACUACAAGAUCCUCAAUUGCGAGGUAUUAGUGCGCGAUGAGAACGUCACAGUCGACGACUUCAUUGAUGUGAUCAUGAAAGACCACCGAAAAUAUAUCCGAUGUUUGUACGUAUACAACAAGAUCGACAGUGUGACGGUGGACUAUCUAGACGCUCUGGCUCACGAACCCAACACGGUCGUUAUGUCGUGCGAGCUGGAUCUGGGUAUUGAAGACGUCGUCGAGCGAUGCUGGCAAGAACUGCGGCUGAUGCGGAUAUACACGAAGAGACAGGGCGUGGAACCAGACUUUGGCGAGGCCCUGAUCGUGCGAAGCAACAGUACCAUUGAAGAUGUGUGCGACCAGAUUCAUCGCACUCUAAAGGAGACGUUCAAGUACGCGCUCGUGUGGGGCGCAAGUGCGAAACAUAUCCCGCAGCGAGUCGGAUUGGCACACGUCGUUUCUGAUGAGGAUGUAGUACAAGUGGUCAGUGCUUGGAAAGCAUAG